CACACAAGAUUUCCUCUUUAACAUUCCUGAAAUUUCCUUUUAUGAUCCUUUCCCAAAUCUCUGCUGGGACCAGGAAGACAAAGGACAUUCAUGCUGCUGUUGGGGAAACCACAAUCUGUUACAGAACUAUGUCAGUGACAACCAGAUUGACACGGAUGCAGGAACAGAGCCUGCGAAAGGUACUUGGGAAUGCUUCUUUGACUCUUCUUUACACCUCCAGUGUCCACAGGCCUAUCCCUCGUGAUAUGGCCGAGAAGUGUACACACGAGGGACCUUCUAUGACAGCGAUUCACUUGAAGAGAGCUAUCGUGGGUGUUUUUAUGCUUGAAAAAUUUCCCAUUUUGUGCUCUAAAAAGCCAAGUACUUGUCUCUGGUUUUCGUUUGAAAAGAAUAAUGUAAUUGAAAUAUCAACUUUACUUCUGAAUGCAGUAGUAGAACUCAGUGACAAACACCAAUUUUUUUUAUUUGAUUAUUGUUUACUUGGUGUGGAUCAAAGUAAAAACAAUCUAUAUCUACAUGAUAUGAUAAUACAGACGUUAAGACUUGGUUUCACCCAAGUCUCUGAAUAUUUGGAAUGUGAAAUUUUUCGAGUUGACGGAAUUAAGAGUGAUCCAGGCUUCAUAAAGAAGAUGGUGACAGUCAAACAGUACAGAACAAAUGUCUGAGCAGCUCUCAAAGCCUACAGGUCCUGUGCAAACUUGCUGUCAGAAUUUCUUAUACUCUUGGUGGGUCCAGUAGGAUCUGUAAAGUCCAGCUUUUUCAAUUCAGUGAAGUCUGUUUUCCAAGGCCGUAUAACUCGCGAAGCCAUUGUAGGAUCUGAUGAAACCAGCAUUACCGAGCAGUACAGGACAUAUGUUAAAGAUGGAGAAGAUGGGAAAUCUCUCCCAUUUAUUUUGUGUGAUUCAAUGGGGCUGGAUGAAAGAGAGGAAGCAGGACUGUACAUAGAUGAACCUUACAUCUUAAAAGGCUGUGUACCAGACAGGUAUCAGUUUAAUUCCAUGAAACCCAUCACAUCAAACCAUCAAAACUACAUUCAUCACCCACUACUGAAGGACAGAAUUCAUUGUGUGGCAUUUGUGUUUGAUGCCAACUCUGUUGAACAGCUCUCUUCUGCGCUAGUGGAAAAGAUCAAACGAAUUCGAAGGGAGAUGAUAAAAUGUGGCAAGCAGAAUGUGGCUUUGCUCACUCAUGUGGAUAGCCUGGAUCUGAUUACAAAAGACGACUUGAUAGACAUUUAUAACUGUGAGCCUGUGAAGCUUAAGCUGGAGGCUGUCCACAGAGACUUGGGCUUUGCUCUCUCUGACAUCUUUGUGGUUAGCAGUUAUGUCUCAUUGUGGCAGCUGGACCCUGUUAAGGAUGUUCUGAUACUCUCGGUGCUGAGACAGAUGCUGCAGACUGCAGAUGACUUCUUAGAGGACUUGCCUUUGCACGAACAGGAAGAUGCAUCUGGUGAUGUCCAAGCUUGA